AUGGAAAUUACAAAGAAUAAUUUCUUUGAGGAGCUAGAUAACAUUACCGAAAAUCUAAAACGCUCGAGCUUUGUUGGUUUUGAUGCUGAAUUCACUGCUAUGCUGUCUGGUGAACGCUUUAAACAUAGGCUAUUUGACACAAAUGAAGAUAGGUACAAUUUAAUUAAAAAUGAAGUCGGCAAGAUUCUUAUGACCCAAGUCGGUCUCACUAUGUUCCAGUAUAAUAGAGACCUGGACAAAUAUGAUGCAAUUGGCUAUACUUUUCACCUGUGCCCACAAGCAUUCGGCGAUGUAGACCAGUUCUUUAUAUUUCAAGCAUCCACUUUACAAUUUCUUUGCAAACACAAAUUUGAUUUUAACAAGUUUAUAUACCAAGGCCUUCGCUUCUUAAACAAAGCAGAGGAAGAUCAAAUAAGGCAACAAUUAACAGCUUUUGACAAUUUGAGUAAUGUCCUCGAGAUGGAUGGGGAAAGGCAGUUGCAACACUACUGCUCAGAAGUUUCCUGGUGGCUAACAAACAGUGAUGAGGGGACCAUGUACUUAGACAUAGAAGACCCAAUUCUCAGAUAUAUGACCCACAACGAGCUAAGAACGAGAUUCGACAAUAUUCUCACAACAGAUAGCUUAGGUAAUAGUAAUAAGGUCCUAAUAUACAGAGAUAGAUAUGUUGAAGGAGCUAAUAGUGCUCCACUGAGAAUACUCAAAGACAAUCUCAUGAGCCAUCUACUCGGAUUUUCUCAGAUAAUAAACUUGCUUGCGAUCUACAAAAAACCCAUAAUAGGCCAUAACUUAUUUUUAGACACAAUUCUACUUCAUAACCAGUUCAUUGGGCCAUUGCCGCACAAAUAUGUGAUGUUCAAGCAGAAUAUUAGAAAUUUCUUUCCUAAAAUGUAUGAUACGAAGCACAUAUCAUAUGUGGUGGGAAAAAAAUUAUCCUUAGAUGAAGUUUGGAAGUCGAACGCACUGCAAGAUUUAUAUGAGUUUUUCUCUGAAGGAAAAUGCAAGAGGUUGGAACAAGGAGCAAACUUUAUUAGGCUGACAACACCAUUUGACGUCAAGCAGAGCUAUCAUGAAGCUGGCUGGGACUCGUACUGUUCAGGUUAUAUCUUUAUCAGGCUGGGACACUGGGCAGCGUGCGAACUCAUAGGCAAAUAUCGACCCGUUGGUCCUACUGAAAAACUAUCUGCGUUGGAGCCCUACGUGAAUAAAGUCAAUGUGAUACGGGGUGCAGUGCUCUACAUGAAUCUAGCCGGAGACGACCCGCCGCGACAGAGACCAAAUCUCCUCCAUGUGAAAUGUAUUAAGGAGCGGGUUAUAAACGUCAGCAAGGUCGCAUCAUCGCUGGCGGCCUAUGGUUCCGUAGACGUGAAGCCGUAUGAUGUGCGGACCGCCCUUGUUGCAGCCAGUUCGCACUUCACGGCCGAUAAAAUUCUGAAACAAUUCAAAAACAGCGCUGACUACAGAAUAACUCCGUACAGCCCGAUUAGACAUUCUGCUGCUGGCAAGAUGGCUUUGUGGAGUGGUGCCAUCUUAACUACCAGCAUUUUCCUAUAUUUCCUUCAUAGGAAGGUAAAUGAAUGA